CGCAUAAGCUCGGGAGGAUGAGCAUUGUUGGAUUCUCUAACUUCACCUGACUGCCUAUUCCUGCUGUCAAUCAAAAUUCUGUGCUCUAUGUAAACAUCAAGUGUAUCUUUCCCAACUAUCUAAAUAACAAUAAUCAAUAAUUAAUAUGGAUGAUUUUAGAAAAUUAUUUCAAUAGAAGUGAUAUAUGAGUCAUACAUCGUGCUGUUUGUAAUUCGGGAGAAGUUCAUAAACUAAGUCAGAAAAGAUAUUGUUGUACCUCCGGCUGUUUUGAAGUAUAGGCUCGAUGACACUAUUGUCAAAUUCAAAAAUAUCAUCUAACUCUAUGUACAGUGAUACCUAAAAAUAAAUAUGUUGAAACAGAAAUUUAAAUGAUUAAUGGUACAUAAAACAUCACAAGAAAAUUAAAUGUUACUUGUUCUCUGUGAGCUAUUUUUGUCAACUGAUCUGCAUAUUUGAAUAUAGUGUGACCUUCCUCAUUAGUAGAUGUAAAUGUAAUUAAAAAUUCUUUAAAUUUCUCUAAAAUAAAAAUUAUUAGGUAUUAUCAAUAUAAUCAAAAGUAGAAAUAAAUUCUAAAAAAUAAUGAAAUGAAAUAUUACCUUUCAUCUCAGUGUAUCCUACAUCCUUUUUUUUCGACAUUUUGAGAAAAAAAUAAAAUAGAGUAAUUGCCUUAGUUCACGAAAUAACACAGAAAACUUUCCUAACACAACUGUACAAUAACAACUCGGGAAUUAUUACCGCGCUUCUUCAGUUUUAGCGGGAAAUCUUAUCAACGGUGACAAUAUAUAUGUAAAUACAUGAUUAUUACUUUUUACUUUUUUAAAAUCAACUGAAAUCUCGUUCUAAUUAUUUGUGUAAAAUAAUUAAACAUUGAUGUUAUUGAUUUCUUUUUUCUUAAAAAGUAAUAAACUUAAUUAUUGUGUAAUUCGUGUAGGUUACACCAUUGUUACAUAUCUUUCAGACACAAUUUUAAAUACUUGAUAAAUUACAACAGUUAUCAUGACAUCCACUGUCAUUCUUGCUGGUUUAGGAUUGGCAGCUAUGGGAUAUGUUGGAAAAUUUGCACUUCGUGCUGCGCCAACUUUUACCCAAAAAGUCUCUGAAGCAAUGAAAACAAUGCCAAGAUUAGAUACUGAGGCUUUUGCGAAUAGUAAAUAUUAUAAAGGAGGUUUUGACCCAAAAAUGAGUAAGAGAGAAGCAAGCCUGAUCCUAGGAGUGUCUCCAUCUGCCAACAAAAUCAAAAUAAAAGAGGCACACAAAAGAAUUAUAACUUUAAAUCAUCCGGACAGGGGCGGAUCUCCAUACCUAGCUGCCAAAAUCAAUGAAGCCAAAGACCUAUUAGAAAGUGGAAAAUAAAAUCUGUUUAAAUCAAUGUUAUAUUUUUAAAAAAUAAUGAUUUAGAUUGUGAUUAUUUAUUUAUUAAUGUUAUGUAUUAUAUAUAUGUAUAUAUACAUUUAUAAUACACAUAAUGUAUUUUUAUAGUUUGUAUAGUGUAUAUAAUUAUUGAAGUUAUCUUAUAGUUGUCUAUAAGAUUGCUUGUAUCUUGUUUGUGAAUAUAGCAGUUUAUGAAAAGCUCUACUAAGUCUAUCUUACCAUUUUAGUGUUAGUAAAAAUUACUUGUGAUUGAUAAAUUGUCUCUCUUUUCUUCUUUUCAUUUGUGGCAUUACAACUCUUAGUGAGUUAAGGCCUCUUGAAAUUUGAACAUUUUUUAUUGGCUGCUCCUUCUUUCAUGUUAUGAACAUCCAAGAUGGAUCCUGCAUCAGGAGGAACACAUCUGGUCAAGCAACCGGGAAGGUCUAAUGUUGAUAACUAACAAAGUCAGGGUUCAUGUACAGUUUUUCUAACUUUGUGUUAAUUCAGAUCUUCCAUUAUUAUACAGGUAACAAAUUAUUUUCUUAUGGUAACCAGCUAACAUUAAAAGGGAUGGACUUUUUGUGCUCUUUUUAUCAUAUUAUCGAUACAAAUGCUAACUAUCGAAUAAGAAAACCUGCGAUUUUCAAUUGUACACUCAAGCGAUUACUCCAGAAGAUGGACACAGUGGCAAAGUCUUGUACCCGCAUUGCCUUUGUGAAGUACUGAUAGCAAUUGCAAUGUAUUGAAAAUUUGAUUUGUUUAUUGAUGCUCUUUGGCCAAGUAUUCGAUACAAUUUUCACGGUUCUGCAAUUAAAAUUUUUAACUUAUUUUUUUGAUAAAAAUGUUGCCAAAUAUUGAAUUUUGUCAUAGUCAUUACUUCGAUCUGUGUGUAUUUGUACAGAAGAUCAAUCUAUUUAUCGCAAAACAUUGAACACUUUAUUUCUGAUUGUUUGACGUGGUUUUAUUUUUCAGUUUUCUAAUGCAAUUUUGUAGCAAACUCUUAAAUGUGGCAUAUUCUUUUCUUUGCAUUGACAAUUAUUUACUGAGUUUUCUUAAUUUAUGCAAUGCAAAUUAGCGAAUAUAUCAUAUUUAUCAGUUUGCAAUGCAGAAAGUGAAGAUUUUAUAUUUCAAACCAGGAAUGCAAUCUAACAAAUUGUAUUUAAUUAAUUGUAAUUACAUAUUUUUAAACAGCGAAUACAAAAUCUUCAAACACUCAUAAAAGCACAUAUUAGUGUGAAAAUUAAAACAUUCUCGUUGUUUGGGCUGAAUUGAUAAUGAUAUAAGUGUUUUUUUUUUUUUGAAAAGUGGUAAUUUUCAGAUUUGAUAGUUAGCAUUUGUUUUGUCGAUAGAAUGAAUUUUAGUGCCAAUACUUGAUGAGUUUUAGAAAAAAAAAUCUUUAAUUUACGCAACUUAUUAAUUGAAUUUUUUAAAUACUGAAUUUUAUUAAUGUAACUAUAGAACAUUUCGUCAGUUUAUUGCAAAAACUCAUUAAGUGACAUUUCAUAACCCCAAACAAUUAGGAACUUAGAUGAACUUUCCCUUUGUGAAAUCAGGAAAUUGUGCACGUAGUGUAAUUGUAUGUGAUAAAUAACAGGUUUUGUGUCAUUUUCAAGCACUUACGUGUUUUUUGUUUGGUAAGAUCAAAAUUCACAAAAAUAUAUUGAAUGCAUAUAAAAAUAAUCUAUAUCAAAAAUGCACUUGGUGACUUUUUGUAAUAAACUGAUGAUUUAUUUUUCUAAUAACAAGUCAUUUCAUGAUUUUUAAUGCUAUUGUCUGUAAAAAAUUAAUGCACUUAAACAAUGCAUAUAGAUAAUUAUAUUACUGAACAAGAACUAUUAUUUUAUGAAUUUAGUAAAGGAUUGUAUGAGAAGAUUCUUUGCGUUUCUAAAGUUUUGCGACUAAUGAACCUGCUUCAUCUAUUAUAAAAUAUGCACUAUAUUUUGAAAUAAAAUAGUCCACAAAGGAACUAUAUAUCAUUAGGUUAGAUUGUUGAUUAAAUUGAAGAAGAUGGUUGAAUCCUAUUGUAUGUAGGCAAAUAAAAUAAAUUUAUUUACCUUAGUAUAAAAUUGUUUUUUAUUUACAAAUUCUUGAUUAAUGCAUUUGUUUUAUACUGAAUCGAUUAAAAUGUUUUAAAUAGCUUUCUUUGGUUUCUAUUUUAUAUUCUAUUAAAUAGGGUAUACAGUAUUAUUCCUAGAAUUUGGAUUGUUUUGCGGAUAAUUUUUAGCUGAUGUACCUUUAUAAACUUUAUAAAGGUUUGGUGUGCCCAAGGAGGUUCACUUGAGUUCUGAGUUGAUCCACAGCUGAUGGAACUAAAUAAUUAAUUAUGAUGUAGAGAUGGUUGACCGUGAUAUAAUAUGAGAAGGAGUUGAUUUGGGUGGUGCGGUCAACUCCUCAUAAAUAAUUAAUUGUUUGCCACAACUGGUCUUGAAGAAUAGGAGCACAUGGACUUGCUGAGCUACUCUGCUCCAUUUAUAUAACAAUUAUGUUAAUGAUCCAUAAUAUUAAUGAGAGGCUCUCGUGAUUAAUAAAUAAAAAUUAAGAAAAAAAAAAAAAAUGUG